AUGGGUGAGGUGGCCAUGCUGUGGGCCAUGCGCCAUACCAACCUGCAGCGACUGCUGGGGUAUUGCUGGGAGAAGCGUGGCACUGCCUUUGGCCAUCACUCGCCUGCUGCUGCUGCUGCUGCUGCUGCUGCUACUGCUGCUGCCGAUAAUGCUAAGAGUACACCCCCUGCCCCACCACCCUACUCUCUCCAUGCCUACCCCACCCUCCAUGCCUCUGCGUCUUUGCCUGCUUGUUCCCCUCUGUAUGUUUCCCUCUGUCUCUUAUGUCCCCUCUCCUCCCUUUCACUCCCUCUACUCCCCUCUGCCCCCCUCCUCCUCCCGCUAUGCAGAGGGCUGCGUGCCUCUGCACAGCAGCUGAUGUCUCGCAACACAACAGCCCAGCUUCGCGCCGCCCACCUGCCCCAAGCACCCGACGCCAUCGUGCUGCCCAUGGUGCGCCUCGCCCUCUCCUGCACCGCCUCCGACCCCCUCGCCCGCCCCACUGUCACCGACCUGCUCCGCUCCAUCAAGGCUCUCAAGCGCUCCCUCUCCGCCCACCCGCGCCCUGCCCUGCCUGGCAACGCAGGGACAAGCAGGGAUGGUGACAGACCCCGUGCUGUCAGCGGUAGGGGGCCUCGAGAGCCACAGGGUGGGGAGGGUGGGGAUGGGCUUUCUGGGGGUUUUAGCCAGAAUGCGCUAGAUGCAAAGUUAGACUGGCUUGUGGAGGAAGAGGAUAGUGGUAGGUUCGUGACAGAUGUGUAG